GCAAAAUCCAACCCAACCCACUUCCUCAUCAGAGUACGGCCAGAAGAUGUGGAUGGAGCGGGUCAGGAAAAAUGAGCCAUCCCUGCCCGGGAUCAUUGUCCACCUACCGUUUGCCCAUAUAAUUUUCAUGUCUCAAAAAUUGUGAUCUCACUCUGCUCUCUCUCUCUCUCUCUCUCUCUGAUGAUGAUUUGUCUACAACACUAGAGCUGAAAUCUUAUAACAGUUUUUCCUUGAAGUUUCCCGAAAUCUGGUUACUCUCUAGCAGAAUUUUCUCAUCUGGGAAUUUGUUUUUUUUUCUAUUAAAUCGAUCUUUGACCUUCAUUUUUCUAUCUUUAUGUGGGAUUCCUUUGGGUUUUGAAGAAUUGUUGGUAAUUUCUCUCUCAUAGCUAUUUAGAACACCCACUUCCCACUUCUCUCUCUGUUAUUCAUAAUUUUUUGAGUUGGGUGUUUUACAUUUUCUAUUAAAAAUCAAAUUUUGAACUUCAUAUCAUAUUCUCAUCUGGGUCUUUCCUCCUCAAAACUACUGACGUUGUUGUUCUGGGUUUUGAAGACCCAUUUCAUUUGUAAAAAGAUGUCAUCAUCAUCUCAUAGCUAUUCAAAGACAGAAGAUCAAACAACACAACCCUGUUGCGCAAAAGCUUCAUCUGAGUUGAAGCUAUACCAAGCUUUCAUCUUCUCUGUACCAAUCUUUUCCAUUUUCAUACUUGCCUUCUUCUUCUAUUUGUUCUAUCUUUGCUGCUUUCGCCGCCCCCAAAGCAGGCCAGCUUCAUUGCACACCACGGAUGAUGAUGACUUCUCCACAAUUUGGCAGUCUGAGUUGGGAUUGAAGAAAGAACACAGAGAGAUGCUACCCAUUAUUAUAUUCAAGGAGACCUUCUCUGUCAAAGAUACACAAUGCUCAGUAUGCCUGGCAGACUACCAAGCAGAGGACAGGCUGCAACAGAUACCAGCUUGUGGGCAUACUUUUCACACGGAUUGCAUCGACCUCUGGCUAGCCACUCACACCACCUGCCCACUCUGCCGCCUUUCCCUCAUUGCUUCUGCUAAAGCUUCAACCGAACCAUUAGAUGUCCCAGAAACUAGUAGUAGAUAUCAUCCCCCUGUGGCUGCAGGUGAUGAAACACAAUCUCAUCAAAUUGGGCACCGGACUAGUGAAGAAUCUUGGAUCAGCCAACAAUGCUCAGGUUCAGGGAAUGGAGAUGAAAGAAGCCUUGAAAUGAGCAAUGGAGAAGAGAGAACAAACUCUGAAUUUGUUGAAAGAGAUAGACAUUAGGAAAGCACUGAAUUAAUUUUUUAGUUUAGUUUUGUCUAAUGGUUGAAUUCAUGAGAGAUUAGUAAUUGGUAGAUAACUGACUCUGAGCAUGAUAUAAAUUGUUGUUCAGAGCUUGAUAAUUAUUGUUGCUCAUUUUUUAACAACUCAAGUUUUUAGAAUAAUUUGUGAUCUCACAUGAUAUCGGAGAAGGUUGAGAAAGGUUUUAAGUAGUCUUUAUUUGCAUUUA